AUGACAAUGAACAACAGUGUGACUGAAUUCAUUCUGUUUGGGUUGACACAGGAUGCAAGAAAGCAGAAAGCAGUAUUUGGGGUCUUCUUGACUCUUUACCUUGCAACACUCUCGGGGAACUUUCUCGUCGUGGUGACUAUUAAAAUAAGCAAGACCCUUAGCAGUCCUAUGUACUUUUUUCUCUUCUACCUCUCCUUUGCUGAUGCAUGCUUCUCUUCCACCACAGCCCCUAGGUUGAUUGUGGAUGCUCUCUCUCAGAAGAAAACCAUUUCCUACAACGAAUGCAUAACUCAGGUUUUUGCUGUCCACUUCUUUGACUGCAUGGAGAUCUUUGUGCUCAUUCUUAUGGCAUUUGAUCGCUAUGUAGCCAUUUGUAAGCCUCUUCAAUACACAAUCAUUAUGCGUAGGCAAGUCUGCAUUGCUUUGGUGGUUCUAGCUUGGGUAGGAUCUUGCAUCCACUCUUCAGCACAAAUUUUCCUGGCUUUGAGGUUGCCUUUUUGUGGCCCCAAUGUGAUUGACCAUUACUUCUGCGACUUGCAACCCUUGCUGAAACUUGCAUGCAUGGAUACCUACGUGAUAAAUUUACUGCUUGUUUCCAAUAGCGGAGCCAUAUGCAUGGUGAGUUUCAUAAUCUUGUUGUUCUCCUAUAUUGUCAUCUUGUACUCUCUGAGAAACCAUAGUGAGGUAGGAAGGCGGAAAGCCCUUUCCACCUGUACCUCCCACUUUAUUGUGGUUGUGAUAUUUUUUGGUUCGUGUAUAUUCAUAUACACAAGGCCACUAGCCACAUUUCCAAUAGACAAAAUGGUAGCUGUGUUUUAUACAAUCGGGACACCCCUGCUUAACCCUCUAAUCUACACACUGAGGAAUGCAGAAAUGAAGAAUGCAAUGAGAAAGUUGUGGUGUAGUAAAAUAUGA